UCCGCUCAGAACUCCGCAGGCAUUCAGACCCUCCUCGAUUGGUUGACCAUAUCUAUUUCAGGCCGAGAGGGAGGCUCAGAAGAUCGUCCAACAAGUGCUGACGUGUCGCAUUAUUCAGCCAGAGAAUACCGCACGAAGCGCAUAAGAGAGGCAAAGUCCGAAGCACAGAAGGAGAUUGAGGAGUACAGAAAGCAAAAGGAGGAGGAGUUCAAGAAGUUCGAGGCUGAGCACUCGAGCGGAUACAAGAAGGCCGAGGAGGAUGCGAACAAGGAGGCUGAGGUGAAGCUCCAGGAAAUCAAGGAUGCUGGCAACGAGAGAGGUGGAAAGGUUAUCGAGACUCUUAUCCAUGCGCUGGUCGAUGUGAAGCCCGAGCCGUCUGAGAAGAUCGUGAUCAAGGCAUAA